AUGGGAGCUAUUUAUGGAGAUGUGUUAACGGAAGAAGAAAUUAAAAAGGGUCGAAAUGAAACUCUUAGUAGUGCUCAUUCAGGAGUGGACAUUGAAAGAGCACCUACAAGUGGUGGUCAAGAAGCGAAACAACAUUCGUAUGAUAACACGACAAGUAGCUCACAACAGCAACCUCCAUAUAAUUGUAACUCGGCAACUAGUAGUGAAAUUACUACUACUGCCACUGCCACUACAAAUGUGGUACAACCUAUUAACCACAUGACCUCAGCUUUGAAUAAUAACAAUCACAUACAAUCCAGUAGUACUGGCACAACCGUGCAUACCAAUCAUCAGAGAUCAUCUUCCAAUGUCAUUGUGUUAAAACCAAAUAAGCAGAAAGUGUGUGCUCCUUCCUCUUCUUUAACAGCACACUGGGAAACAGAGUUAAAACAGAAAGAAUCUGUAUUGUUAGAAAGAUUUCAAAGUAUG